CUUCAUUUUCUUCACCCCCAGCAUGCCCCCGCCUCACCCGGAGCUCAGACAUCUCCUUGCAACCUCACGCCGUAUCCCCUCAAAAACCUCUAGGCUCCUCUCCACUUCAGCCUCCACACUCCGCCCUACCGACGAGGAGCCACAUUUCACCAGAGCACCAAAAUCAACGCCUGUAAAGUCCCAAACAGAUUCAUUACAGCACACUCAGUUCAAUGACCUGUGGUCUCAAUUACAUCAAGAAUGGCCUAAGCAAUCUAACAACAAGGGUGCACCCCAAUCUAUAUCCUCUUUUCUAGACCUCUCAUCUUCUAAUGUCAUCCCCCGCCCUAUGAAAGGCGCUCGUAAUCGACUGGCUCGCGCUAGCGGCGUGACUCCGCCCGAAGCAGAAGUCUUCAACGAGGUCAUCUCCUCGAUACUCACAUCAUUUCCCUCGACCCCUUCUGAUCCCUUCCUUGCCACAAAAUCUGGAGUCACUGGAUACGGCAGCAACGAAUGGGGCGACGGGGCUAAACAAUUAAGGACAAUGUUUGAUAGGAAUCGGAGUGAAGAUGACAAUUUGGAGGAGUAUGAAAUGUUGGCAGAGGAGAUGGACAUGGUGUCGAGUGAUCUAGAACUAGUGGAAUGGGCCAAGAAAAGGGUCUUCACUCCAAUAGAUCCAUUAAAACCGGACGAGGGUACAGAAAAGGUCAAGGCAUCUGUCGAAGACGAAACAUCAGCUACACCAGAAUCAUCUCAGUCGACUGCUGCUACGAGCCCGCAUCAAAACACGUACAAGCCCCCCGCCAACCUUCUCCCCUUGCUUACAUUCUCCCCCGUCUAUCCCAAAAUCCUGACUCGUGUACUCAAAACAUUACGCGAGAAUUUCAAUUCUCCUCACCUCGUCCUCGCCCUUUUCCACCAUGCCCAAUCAUCUUCCCUCGAAUCUUAUCUUUUUGGAUGCUUGACGGGAGCUUAUAACGAAGUCCUCACAUGUCGUUGGGAAAGCUUCCGAGAUCUUGAUGGUGUACAAAGGGGAAUUCGCGAGAUGGAAAUGAUGGGUGUCAAGUGGGACAAGGAUACCAACAGACUCGUUAGUCGGGUGGUUGACGAAGCUGGGAGAGAAAUUUUACAGGGAGGAAGAUGGGGAGAAGAUGCGCUGCAAACGUUACAGCAACUAGAGAGAAAGCUGGAGAGUGAUGUCAUUGAGGAAGAAAGGUAUCAUGAGUUCGAGAGGAAGAAGCGAAAGAGGGAAAGAGAACGUAGAGAGGGUGGGGCAGAUGGAGAGCAGUGGCAGACAGAGAGGGGGGCCCUCGGCAUGUUAUGAUAGAUUGGUAUCGUACAUGCAUUAUGCUGCCAAAUGU